CGGCACUUUUCCGUUGGUGAGGCGGUGUGUUUGUAGUUUUGGAUCGGAUGUAUCCCUGGCCAGUGCUUGAGUUGUAGCAGGUAUUUGGGUUGUUUUUGGCUGUUUUUCGGUUACUUGUAAAACCGUCAAUCCUCUCCAUAUUUCCUAAUGGACGAAUGUGAGUCUAAAAGCUCUCGAGUUCGUUACACUCGAGAAGAGAUUCUGGCUGUUAGGAAAAAUCCAGCCUCUCUAAUUGGGUUUUCGGAUGAGUUUUCUCGAUUAAAUGCUUCCGUUAUGCGUUCGACUCGCGUAAGAGCUAGACCCAAUUCAUUCUCCAAAACUCAGGGAAGCGAGAAAACUCGAGAUGCUUCCAGCAUCGUUCUUGGCCCUCAAAAACGUACAUGGAACACGGGUUGUCACGUCUCUCAACAGCCUCAGGGCCGUGAAGUGUCAGAUACAAACAAUUUUACUCGUUGGCCUAAAUACAAUUCAGAAAACCGAUCUUACGACAAGCAGCAUUGUAAAGCAACUAAUGAGUACAAAAGAGAGUAUCGAUCCAAUGAUAUUCGUUCCUCAGCUCGGGGUCGUGGUUCGGGGAGACAUGCUGACGGCGUACCGUUCAUCAAAAACCACAAUAGAGAGGAACGUCACAGUCAUGACCGUCGAGUUUCUUGUUCAUACAGUGACGAUGAACCUGAGUGGUUUGCAGAAGGUCCUACUACAGUUAAUGAAACAAUUGAACUCGGAGGGAUUUUAGAGGAAACAGUGGAAUGCGAUUUACCAAGAAAGUGCUUAGAAAUGGAAAAUGAUUUUUCGCAAGUUAAUGAUAGUUUAGUUCCAAGUACAAACAAUUGUCUUGAAAAUGUCUUUGAUAACAAGACUUUGGAAGUUGGGAGUCAUGCAUUCCUCGAACAGUCAAACAAACCCACAACCAACAUAGUCGAUCAAUUGGUAUCCGAUAAUCAAGGAAGUCGUUUUAAACAUCUGUUUCAAAAGAAUGAGAUAUCAGAUGAAAACAGGCUUCCAAACAAUACUUACUCUAAUAAAUCUGCUUCUUUAGAUAAUAUUAACGAACAGCUACUUAGAUUGCUAAAAGGUUCCUGUGGCAGUCCUUCUACUCGUCUCACUUCUGAGAAGAAUACUGCUCUUCAGGUCGAAAAUAAACUUCGUACAAUUCUACUUGGACAUGGUGCUGCUAACCCAGCAAAUGUCGAACCUGUUCAAAGUGAUUUCGUCGAAUCGAAACCAAAAGUUCUGACUGUUGAAGAAAUUGAAGCCCAACUUAAAUUGUCUCAGGGAGAUUCAAUCGAAAUUAACGAGUCAGUUGAUUUGAUUGUUGAUCCUCCUAAUCAUUAUUCGGAUCUCAUUAAUGGUCAAGUCACUAAUUCUCAUGGUAUACCUAUUGGCUCAUCAAAAAACUGCAAUCAAAUUCCUCACUCGGAAACGACUUGCAAUCUGGUACCUAUUUUGCAAUCACUAAUGAUCAAAAAACAGCAAAAAUCCGUUUACCCUCAAUCUACGAAUCCGCAGAACUCACACUUGCCUUUUGGACUGGUUUCAAAUAUUAUGGAUAACGCCGUGUUAUCGGGUCCAUCUACUAAUCAAUUACAAACCCCAGGUAUCCCGCUUGAUUUGGCCUGUGAUGGUGAUCUGCCUUCAAAUGGUAUAUUUAUUUCCGUAAAAUCACCUUUUAGGUUACUUUCGCCAACUUUGGAAUGGUACAAAAGAUGUUGCUAGUCAUCCAAGGCCACAGCUGCGUCCCCUAGUUUUGUGUCCUGAUGCGUCUAGAUUUCAGCCUGUUAACACUGACUCAGGACCGCCUAGAAGACCAAUAGUUAAAGCUCAACAAAAUAUUUUUUCCAAUUACAACCCAAAUGAGCAAGCACCGAACUCUACAUUCAAUUCGCCAGUCCAGCAAUAUGCUAAUCAUCGCCUACUUGAUACGAACAUGAAGCAGUUUUACCUCAGUGGUAAUGAAUCGUCGAAUGUAAAUAAUUCUCAUGAGUCUUUAUCCUGUUCAAAACAAAACUAUAAAAAUUUGUUGUCGUUUCAAAGUCCAAGCCCAUCACUGGCGUCAUCUAUCACUUGCAACAAAAAUCCCUAUGCUCAGUACCCAAAAUAAGGCAAAGUGAGAACUGUACAUAGUCUAAUUUUCUUCAGAAGAUUGCGAUAUACUUGUUUACAUUAUUACUUAAUUUUAUCAAUACUUUUCUGUGAAUAUUUUUCUUUAUAUUGAAAACCCAGCAACAGAUCCUCUUUGGUUUUCCGAAAUUGCACUGCAGAUGUGCUUAGUUUAUUCUCAUUUUGCCUUAUUUUUCUGAAUGACCACAAUUGAUGCAUUUCUUUCAAACAGUCUCAUGUUUUGUUGUUACUAAAGUUUGAAAAUGAAAAAAAAACUAUUUCUCGAAUGCGUGCUUGUCCACAAAAACAAAUUUGUCUCAGUAAACGGAAGUUAAGUCAAACAUUUUUCGUAAUUGAAGUAAACUGGUAUUCUGGGCU